CUUGAAUUCAAAGUCGGUGUGAUUACAAAAGUGUGGGUACAUCCAGAUGCAGAUAAGCUUUACUGUGAAGAGAUCGACGUUGGAGAGGAGGUGCCUCGUCAAAUUGCCUCUGGACUUCGUCCCCAUUUUAGCGAGGAGCAAAUGCUAGGUCAGCGUCUGUUGGUUGCUUCCAACUUGAAAGCAAAGAAUCUGGUUGGAUUCAAAUCGCACGGUAUGGUUCUCUGCGCAGCUGAGCCUAUUGACGACGAAAACGAAAAGGUGGAAUUUGUAGAACCUCCGGAAGGCGCCGCGAUCGGUGAAAUUGUCACGUUUGAAGGUUUGCCACCGCCUGAACCCUUUUCUCCGGCACAAGUCGACAAAAAGAAAGCGUGGCAAAAGGCCGCGGACGGCAUGAAAACGACCGAAGGUCGCUUGGCCGCAUGGAAUGGGCAUGUAUUCAUGACAUCGGCAGGUCCCUGCCAAACAAUGACAAUUGCUGGAGGAGUAAUGCGUUAG